AUGCUAUGCGCUCUUCUUUUGCUGCAGUGUGUGUGUGCCGUGUGGGGUGACUACGCUAUCCAGAGUAUUCGCGGGGAGGUGGACGCCGGAAACUAUACCUAUUACAAGCUCCAGUGGGACGGACCAGUCACCAUCGUACUUGAGUCGCUGAGCGGCGACGCUGACCUGUACGUGUCCAAGACGCUACUGAAACCCACCUUCGACCCCGAGGAGUUUGACUUUAGCUCGACCACUUGUGGACGGGACUGGGUGGACAUUCCCAGGGCGUGUCCGCGGCCGCUCGGUGUCGCCGUGUACGGCCACCCUCGCCAGCCGUCCUCCAGCUACGAACUGCACCUAGUGUACCGCGACCCCGACUACCUGGACCAGUUCACCCUGCACCCGGAAAACGAUACGGAGGACGAGCUGCUCGGCACGCUGCGGAAACGCGCCGGCGCUCAGCGCGGCUCGGCAGAGGUGCGCGCACAGGAGCGGUCUCCGGUUCACGAGGAUUCCCGCUGGGUCGAUUUGCUGUGGACUUUCUUCGAAGUAUUUUUGGAGGUGUUACUUUUGUAA